AUGGUCAGCGAUGCCAACUCGACCUUCAGCGCCAGCAGAGCCAAGCAGUCCAAGCGCGAUGAGGCAAUCCGAAUCAAAUUGGAAAAGGACCUCAACAAAAAGCGUGGAGUCGCUGGCCGCGCUCGCCAGACCCGCAAGGCUCCUCCAGGCACCGUCCUCGCCCUCCGGCCCAACCAGGCUCUCCAGAUCAAGCCGAACACCACCGUCACCGAGGCCGCCCAGUUGAUGGCAGCGAAGCGCGAGGACUGCGUGCUCGUCACCGAUGACGACGACCGUAUCGCGGGUAUCUUCACCGCGAAGGAUUUGGCCUUCAGGGUCGUAGGAGCUGGACUCAAGGCGAACAAUGUCACAAUCGCGGAGAUCAUGACCAAGAACCCGCUUUGUGCCAAGACGGACACCAGUGCCACCGACGCCCUUGAUUUGAUGGUUCGUAAGGGUUUCCGUCACUUGCCGGUCAUGGACGAGAACCAUGACAUCGCCGGUGUGUUGGAUAUCACAAAGUGCUUCUACGAUGCGAUGGAGAAGCUCGAACGGGCGUACAGCUCGUCCAAGAAGCUCUACGAUGCCCUCGAGGGUGUCCAGGCUGAGUUGGGUUCCAGCCAGCCUCAGCAGAUCAUCCAGUACGUCGAGGCAGUCCGACAACGCAUGUCUGGACCAACUCUGGAGUCAGUCCUAAACGGCUUGCCCCCUACGACUGUCUCUGUCAGGACCAGCGUCAGGGAGGCUGCACAGUUGAUGAAGGAGAACCAUACGACAGCCGUCCUGGUUCAGGAUCAAGGUCAGAUCACUGGUAUCUUCACAUCUAAGGAUGUCGUUCUGCGAGUGAUUGCUCCCGAUCUCGACCCGGCGAACUGCAGCGUGAUUCGCGUUAUGACGCCCCACCCAGACUUCGCUCCUCUCGAUAUGAGCAUCCAGCAGGCGCUCCGCAAGAUGCACGAUGGUCACUACCUCAAUUUGCCGGUGAUGAACAAAGAGAACGACGAGAUUGUUGGUAUGGUCGAUGUUUUGAAAUUGACCUACGCCACGCUCGACCAAAUCAACGGCAUGUCUACUGGCGAUAAUGAGGGACCUGCCUGGAACAAAUUCUGGAUGUCGAUGGACCACGGUGAGACUGAGUCCAUGAUGUCUGGCGACGGUGGCAGCCACUUGCCGCCUCUCACCCCAGACCACCGCUCUGGCCUCGCUUCGCCCGACCACGGUCGAGAGCGAAUUGAUAACAGUGUCCUGCCCGGCGAUUCUGCCUCACACCAUGGCGCCCAUGACCCCGAUGAGCAGUCGCUGGCUGGCCCGGUCGAGGAUAUUCCCUUCACUUUCAAAUUCAAGGCUCCCAGCGGUCGUGUUCACCGACUGCAAGUCGUUGCCUCCGCUGGCCUGUCAGAGCUCAUCACUGCCGUGGCUUCGAAGCUCGGCAAUGAAGUUGACGGCAUCGGCGGCGUUCCCACUUACGAGGACAGCAAGAUCAGCCCUACCGGCUUCGCUCUGAGCUACAUGGACAACGAGGGCGAUUCGGUAUCUAUCACCACCGAUCACGAUCUUCUCGAGGCUAUCACCAUGGCCCGCCAGGCUCGACAGGACAAAGUCGACCUCUACGUCCAUGACCCGGAGAAGCCUGCCGUCCCCGUUGCCCCCGUCGAACAGACAAUCGUCGCACCUGCUCCUGCCACUCCGGUCGAGACCCUUCCCAAGCUCCGCCGUCGUCACGAUGCGGACGGCGCCGAAGACGAGGAGGAUGCUGAGCAGGAGGAGGGCCUCUCUAAAGUCCAGGAACGACGGCGCGAACGCAAAGCAACCAGUUCUGCUGCACAGCAGCCGGCAGAACAGAUCAUCCAAGGCGUGCCCAAUGACCUGCUCCUUCCUGGAGCGGUCGUCAUCUUGGCCGUGGUCGUUGUGAUCACAUUUACCCUCGGCCGAUCCAGCCGGUAG